UUGUCGGGUGUUGCUCGUUCGGCGUUGUGCGUGCAAAAAACACGCGAUUUACGUAAAUAUUAAAACGAAUAGGCACGUUAUUACAGUAGUACUACACGGGUGACUGGCAUUUGUACGUGUAGCGUGUGUGCCGGAAAAUACCUUAUGAUAUCGUAAUAAUAUUGUUCACGUACCGCAGUAAUAUCGUGAUCGUGUGAUUCCACCGACACCUACACGCUAGUGCACAGUAGAUGAUAAUAUAGGCACGUAAAACGUGUGAUGUGUGAACUGUGAUCGCAUAUCUUACCAUAUUAUAAUAAUACAAUGUUGUAAUCGCCAUCGCCACCGUUUUGUCUUGUAAUAAUAUUUGUCGUCGUCGCAAUACAAUAAUAUUAUCAUAUCGAUCGGAAGGUGCGUUUGUGUGUGUGCGACAGGAAGACGGCGGUGACGCGCCCGCGGGAAUACGAUCGUAAAUAGAUAUUUACGACAGCGGAGACGGCGGCGGCGGCAGUAGCAUCAGCAGUGGUACAACAACAACUCAUCACCACCACCCUCAAGCAAGCGACAGCCAGACGCCGCCACUUUACUGUCGAGGACGAUACAUUACAACUUCGUCACCAUCUGUAAAUAAUAAUAAUAAUAAUAAAUAUCAAUAAAACAAGACCGCCAUCACAACCAUCACCACUACAACUAUCUCCCCAAAUAUCAUUACCAAAACCACUAUAUCGCAACCACCACCAAAUCGACACGACAAUACUACAACACGGCCACGUGGACUUCGGUAUGCAAGCGUCCACGUCGCCCGCGUUCGCGCCGCGGCGCCCGUCCGCCUUGCGCGUGGACGGCGUCGGCGGUCAGCGCACUACUACGGCAGCCGCUUUUUCGUCCGUAGACCGUCUGCUGGCGGACAUCGCGUACCAGCGGCAAAAGGAACGACAGCGCGCGGUCGUGAACGGCCGACAGAGCCGGCAGAGCCGACGACACCGCGACGACAGUUCGCGACGUUCGGCUUCUACCUCAGCCACAGGAGCAGCGACUACAAAUUGCGUAACAACCACCGGAUCUGAACUCGACGACGAGGCGGCCUCGGCGUACUGGUGGACCGACGUGUUCCUCCGAUAUUUUGUGUUCGACGAGGACUGCACGAAGACUACCGCCACGGCCGACUCGGACGACUUGUUGUUUUUCGUGCGGCGCCGGCGAAACAGGCGCAAGUGCAGUAAGAGCCGAUCGUCCUCAUCACAACGUAGGCGAAAGGUAACUUACGACACUCGGGCUUACCGAAAACAACAGCACAACCAACAGCAGCAGCAACAACAGCAGCAAAAACCGACCAUGUUGCCGAUCGGCGACCCAGCAAUCCUGUGGCGGCACACGGUGUGCCUGAACGCCAUCGUUCAUCGGCUGCGGUACACACUCACGGUGGCCGUGUGCGUGCGUGUGCCCAGAAAAGCCGCCACCUGUUUCAGUUACUGCGACGGUUCGCGAGAAUUCGAAUCGGCCGACGACGGGCAAGGAGACUGCGAAUACGAUCUUCAGCUGCUGUCGCGACACGUGCACACAGUGUACGCAUCGACUAGUGGCAGGCGUAUGGACGCAGCCAAGGGACCUAGAGAGCGGCCCGUGUAUCCCGCCUUGUGUUGGGCCGUCGACGAUUUUGCCGAAGCGUUCCGCACAGUGAUUGUACGCCCUGGACAAACGGUAUGCGCCGAGCUGGUUGCAACUUGGCCUGGUCCGGCAACCGUGGUCGAGGAAUACCACAAUAACGACAACGAUGACGGCAACGACAAAGAUUUGGAUGACGGAAAUUGCAACCUAUUAAAUCGUCACAAAUCCACGCCAGUCAAACUAAAACAAAAUCAAAACAGAGCGGUUCUGUUCACCGGUGCCGUCCCUUACGCCGCGGUGCGCGCCGCAUACGAGUGCAAGAUGAGCUUGUACCGCAAUGCGGAACGCCAACGCAGGAAACGGUGGCGGCAACAGCAACGGAAACGCGGAGGCAAGAAAUCGUCGCUGGGCGCUGCCCUGUCCGCAUCGUUGACGGCGCUGUUCGUGGGCGGCAGCAAAGACUCUGCCCCGACAUCAGACUGCGGAGACUAUGAUAACUAUUACGGUGCUGGCUCUUCCACGACCGUCGCUGACGCGGAUCGCGUGGAAUAUGUGACGGUACGUGGUUGCCGACCGAGUUGUGAUGACGACGACAGCGGCGGCGAAUUGUCAUCGGAUGACGAAAAUCGCGACGGCGACGACUCGGACUUUGACGCGGACGACAGUUGUACGAAGGGCCUGGCUCAGAUGGCCGUCACGCUCGCACCAAUACAGCCGGUUGAAACGGUAACCUCAGGUUUUGAUGGUAAUCCUGAAUACCACUAUCACCAACAGGAGUGUGGUGGUAGAGAAGACGAUUGCGGCGAAACCAGAUACGAUCAGAACCCUGAUUUUACUACCAACGCAUAUUAUGAUCAGGAUAACGAUGAUUACACCACAGUGAUUGGUUACCAGCAACAGCAACUCGAGUCCUACACGACACCGGCAACAACUUCUGAACCGGGUGAUUACUAUGAUUACGGAUGGGACUAUGAAACUGCGGCCAGUAGCGAACAGCAAACACCCCAAACGCCUUCCUAUUAUUAUCAACAACAACAGCAGCAACAACUUGAGCGUCAACGACGCAGGGGCCGCAAACCGAGGCGACUCAGUGACCCAUGCUCUACAUCUAUUUUCGAUCAGCUGGAUAACAAUGACCACGAUACAGAGCAACAUCACCAGCCCUACCAACAACAGUACGAAAUCAAUAAUUAUAAUAGCAUGUGCGGAAAGAAAAGUAGGCGAAAACAAAAGUAUAACUACCAGCAUCGACUACAACAGAAACUGAAUAGUUAUGGAAGUGUAAGAGGAUUAUCGUCGGUCGCAUCGACACCAGGAAAAUCUGGAAAAAUGCAACAUCCACAUCGGGCCUGGUCUGAGAGCGAUGGGUUGGAUCAGUAUGGCGGUGGCUUCGUUCAACAAAUUCAAAAUCAGCAAAAGCCUCAACUGUUACUUCCACCUCCUGUACCUUAUUAUUGUGCUGCUGAAGCAGCCGAAUCGGGUUUUGCGCAGUACGUGCACAAAAGUCCGGGUGGCUGGUGGACACGCACUAAGAACAAGCGGCGUAGAAGACGUCAUAAAAGUACGAAGCGAAAGCAGAGUAGUAAGACUAAUAUAACCGUUAUAGAUCGACGUCGAAGUUCCAGCGCUGGUCCGAAUAGUUACACCGUUACCGAUUACGAGAAUAGUUAUGGCUCAGAUUCGGGAUCAAACUCAGACCAUAGCCAAUCAAACUCUGAUGAACAAGAAAGUGAUGGCGAAUUCAUUGGGGCGCUCGCUGCUGCCGCAUCAUUUGGUCAGGACCCUGAUCGAGAAUGGUUGCAACGGGGAAGCGCUGGUGAUCCAGUAGCUGAUUGGGAUCGGUAUGACUGUGAGAGUGACUCAUCAUCUGAACCUAAUGACGAUAAUAUGGUUGAAUGGACAACGGAGAUCAUGGCCACUGAUAUAAGGCGUAAACAACCAUAUCCAAACUGUUCAACAAUAGCUAUGUCAUCUAGGAUGGUACAUGACAAUUCUUUAAAUUUUUGUGAUGAACAGACACCGACACCUGUUUUUACAAACCGUCAUCUUCAUCAUCAACCAAAACAGCAAUCUGUUGGGCACUCACAACAAUUUAAUCGGCGGCUAUUGGUGCCACAAUUCCGACCUCAACCACUCGAGCCACCACCACCACCUGCGCUUAGCGUUGCAUUUACUGCCGUAGCCUGUCCGUGGUGGACAGUCCUAGAAGAUGUGUUGCAUGUGAAUGCCAAAACUUCAGGAGAGCAAUUAUCAUCAAAUAAAAUAAUCACGAGAUUACCGCUCCUCACGUUUGAUUAAAUAUAAACGUCGCUAAGAAAAAUAAUGAACAAACAACGUUUUAAUUUUGUGAACACAUUAAAAAUUACUUUGUAUGCCUUAGUGAUGGCGUUAAACUCACUAAUUACUCAUAGAGUAUAAAAUAUAUAAAAAUUAUUGCAUGAUGGAAAACAAAAUACUUCAUCCUAGCUUUCGGAGUAAAACAAACAGAAGAAUAAACGUCAGCUGUGAAUAAUUAGUAUAUUGAUUAAACUUUUACGAUAUAUAAGACGUAAUAUGUGUAUUAUACUAUGUUAAUACAAGAAUAUAAUGGACACUCAAUGUCUUGAAUACAAAAAAAUUAACUCAAAAUAAUUAAAAUUAAGAGUCUUAUAAGAUAUUAUUGAUUCAAAAUAGAUUUUUGCUGCUACAAUGAAAAACAAAAUACGCUGAUACUUUAAUUUCAAAACUAUUUUUCUUUAGAGAAGAUAAAUAGCAUAACAAGCAUACGAGUAUUUCUAUGAAUCAUGAAAACCCAUCCGGAUAAUGAAAGUUGAAUUUAAGUUUUGUCCCACUUCUAGAGCUCUAACAGAAAAAUGCAAGAUUCAUAAUCAUAGUGUUCCGACUGUUUUGAACAUACUUGUAUAGUAUAUAUAUUAUGUGCUAUUAGAAUAUUAUAAGACACUUCAUGUCCAUUAAUUAAUUAAGAAUAACUACUAUAAGAAUUUAUAAAUAAAUUAUUGUGUUGAAAUGAAAAUCAUGAUAAAUAAACAUGAACAGCUGGAAUUAUAUUAUAUUAAUUACAAUUAUAUGAUGAAUAAUUUUCGGGUAUACCGUAUAAGAACAGCAAUUAAUUUAAAGUAUGAAUUUAAUUAGCGAUGACAAAAAGUUCAAACUAAACAUGCUUUCUUAUGUACAAAUAUUCAUUGAUUCAGUCUUUGUUGGAAAAAAAUGUCGUCCAAUUUCAAUCAAGUGCAUUUAUUGAUUAGUAACUGUGACCAUACAUCUGCCAUGGCUUAAAAAUAAAUGCUAAGUCGACAUCCCAGUGGUCCUAACAAUGAAUUAUUUCUUUGUAACUGAGAAUAAUAUUUAAUACCUGACGACCACAAGGCACAAACUGUAUUCCCAUCUAGAGAACACUGAUGUUGCAAUCAUUUGAACAAUCAUUGUCAAUGAUGGAUAUAAGAAACGUUAAUUGCGGUCGUCAGGAUUAUUUGGCAAGUUUAUAUUAGUUGGCGGGUGCUGUGACAGUUACAAAAUCCAUUAUCUACGAACGUAAUUAAGUUUUUACUGCUCAAAUUCUGGAAUCAACAGGCACAUAAUUUACACAUAAACAUAACUAGUUUUUGCGCAUGUCUCUCCAUUCCACAUUAAUUACAUCACCAGUCACCACACCACACAUACAGCAUCCAAUCAUUUCACCACCAUAUAAACACUCAACUGAAUUAUUAUAUUUUCAUCAAAGCUUAGAGCAUUUAUUUAUUACAAAAAAUCAUUCACUCAAUAAAACCUUGUAUCUAAACUUUGUUUAUACGUUAGUUAUGUAAAUGCAAACUGUGUCGAGUACUAAUAAUUUGACUGAGAUUCUAAUGAUAGCAAAAUGCACAUCGUAGACAAGUAGCUUAUUUAUGUAGAAUUUGUGUAGAAUUUUAAUUAUUGUAUUUGUAUAUAAAUACAACACAAUUUAUCAAGACUACAUUUAAAUUUUAAAUAUUUCAAGUACACCAUAAACUUAAAUUUGCUUAAAAUUGUCUAUGAAACACAUUUACUUGUUUAACAAACUUACAGUUGUGUUAUAAUUUAUUUUUCAUCUUAUAAUGUUGCUUAUGCGUGUAUCAUUAAAUUUGUUACUUUGUUAGCAACGAUAGCAUCUCAUAUAAACCUUUUUUUCUAUUGUAAUAUUGUAUUGCCAAUUCAGCAUGUCAUCUUUGUAAGUUGUAUAAUUUUAAAUAUAUUUUCAAAAAUAAACAUAGAUUUCUUACACAUCUCUUUCGAUUAAAAUCUUACCAAUCACAUGUGUGUUUAUUUACAUUUGAGUGAAAAUAACGUUUCUUCUUAAAAAAGGAUCUGCACAUUUAAUUUCACUACUGAUUGAUGGUGUUGGUGUUGGUGUUGGAGUUGAUACUGUUUAUUAUUCUUGAGAAAAUCCUGAAUUUUAUUUUCUAAGUAUUACUUAUCUAUUGACUAUUUGUUUAAAUCACCGAAACAAAAAAUAUGAUUAAAUGUUAUUUCUUAAUAAUCAUACUAACUUCGUUAUUUUGUAAAUUAUGUACUCUAACCUUAAAAACUUAAGAUAAAAGGACCA